AUAGCAUGGUUAAAGGAUGGAAUAGAUUUCAGUCUGCUAAGUCAGGGAGCAGGUAAAUUCGUUCAAAUUUGGUUCUAUAUUGACCCACAUAUCUAUCUAAACUCGACUAUAUAUAUAUAUAUAUACCACCCAUCGAGUUAAAACUAGAAUUUCAACCUAAAUAUGAAACCGAAUUCAGCGAAUGUUGUUGCUGAUGAAAUGUUUCCUGAGGGUGCCGGACCAUACAUAGAUAUUGAAGAGCCAGCAAAUUCGAGUGCACUUUUAAUGGAUUUAGCUGCUAAUGAAAAGUCAGUUCAUUCCGAUUUUCACAACACAGAUAUUCGGCGAGUUGUUCCCGACGCUGGAGUUUUAAACACUCUUGCAGAACAAGUUCGCCCUGAAGUCAAAGAGUACUUAACGCGAUUAAAUGUGGCAGAAAGACAGUACGACGCGAUAUCUAUCGAAUUGGACGACGCUAUGAGCAGAGGUUUACGUAAAGAAACGCAUUCAAAUUCAAGUGUAAAAAUGUAUCCGACAUUCGUCAGGCAACUACCAACAAGAAAAGAAAAUGGGACAUUUCUUGCUUUGGAUUUAGGGGGAACAAAUUUUAGAGUUUUAGGGUUAACACUAAAGUCAGCUGAUAAUACUUCUGAGGUUAAAAAGCCAGUAUCUGCUGAAAAGCAGUAUGAACUCUCAGCUGAAAUGAAAACGGGAGAAGGGGAGGCUCUUUUUGAAUACUUGUCCGCUUGUCUGUAUGACUUUGUUCGCUCUAAAGACUUUGUUAAUAUAAUUGAUGAACCAAGCAAAAACCGUCUAAGACCUUUAGGAUUUACGUUUUCCUUUCCAUGUAAGCAGUUAAGCCUUGGAGAAGCCUGUCUUACACAAUGGACAAAAGGUUUCAAAUGCGAAAACGUUGAAGGACGCGAUGUGGGACAACUCUUAAAUAAAUAUAUCACGAGAAAGUCGGAGAAUAUCGAAUGUUGUGCAGUACUGAAUGAUACUGUAGGAUGCACAGGGACAAAUGCUUGUUAUUUGGAGAAAAUAAACAAUAUAGAAACAUUACCUGAGAGCGAAAGGAAUUUAGAGCCAUCUGUGAUGAUUGUAAAUACGGAGUGGGGAGCUUAUGGCUCAAAUAGAAACGAAGUUUGCAUUCGUGGUAUUCGAACAGAUAUUGACAAAAUUGUUGACACUAAAUCCUUUAAUCCAAAUCGCCAAAUGUUAUUCGAAAAAAUGAUCUCUGGCCUAUAUCUAGGGGAAUUAGUUAGAUAUUAUUUGAUUGAAGGAAUUGAUAAAAAAAUUUUUUUUCCUUCUCAUGAUACAACACUUACCAGAACUAAACUUUCAAAGCCGUAUUCUUUCUUGACAAAACACAUAUCCAAAGUCGAAGCCGGUCAUGAUCCGAAAUAUGCUAAUCAAGUAGAUGACACUCUUAAACGAAUAAUCGGUUUACAAGGAGAAAUUACAAAUGAUGAUAGGUUAACACUUCGAUAUUUAUGCCAUCUUGCAUCGAAACGAGCAGCUUAUUUGGCUGGUACAGCUUUGUCUGUGCUUUUGAAAAGAGUUAGUAAUGGAGGGGAUGAGAUAAUUACCAUUGGAAUCGAUGGUACUUUACAUUACAAACAUCCUGCUUUUGAUUAUUACAUGCGUCAGCAAAUCAGAAGAAUGUAUGGGAAUAAGUUUGAAUUGCAACGAUCAGAAGAUGGCUCUGGUUUAGGUGCAGCAAUUGUAGCUGCUACAUCAUACUUAAACAAGAGAUUGACUAUAACAUCUGAAUAA